AUGAAAAGCCAGGUCAAUUUUUCAGAUGAUUGCCGCUGGUUUACGGGACCUAAAUUUCUAUACGAAUAUGAAGAUGAAUGGCCAAAAACGCAAGAAAUACCUACUUGUAACCUAGACACUGAAGAACUUCGUCCCAAAUUUGCUUUGCUGGUAAAUACCCCUGUUGUUUUUGAAUUCGAUAGAUUUUCAUCAUAUUUGAAAUUAAAACGUACGAUUGCCUGGGUGUUACGUUUUAUAAAUCGUUGCCAAAAGAAGAUUGGUCCUGAAGAAGGAAAUGGUUUAACUACUGCAGAGUUAAAAAGUGCUGACAUUUGUCUUUGCCGUCAAGCCCAACGAGAAAAAUUUAGCGCUGAAAUUGAAAUUAUUAAAAAUGAAGGUACUUUGCCCAAAAGUAGUGAGUUGUAUGCCCUGACUCCAUAUAUGGAUGAAAAUUCAUUACUUCGAGUUUAUGGUCGUGUGGAUGCAGCUAGUUGGUUACCAUUGGAUAUAAGGCGUCCGAUUAUAUUACCGUCGUUUCAUCCUGUCACCGAGUUGUUUGUGGCCCAUGUACACGAAAAAAUGAAACAUCAAAAUUUUGAAGCUACAGUUUGUGAAAUUCGAAGAUCAUUUUGGAUUCCCCGCCUUAGAAAAAUUUUACGUAAGCGUGUUUCUAAUUGUUUUAUUUGCAGAUUUCGUCGUACAUUGCCGGUGCCACCACUUAUGGGUUCUUUGCCAAAAGACAGAUUGACGCCAUAUAUUCGUCCAUUUUCCUACACUGGAUUGGACUAUUUUGGUCCAGUUAUUGUAACCGUUGGUCGUCGCCAUGAAAAACGUUGGGUGGCCUUAUUUACUUGCCUGACCAUAAGGGCCAUUCAUUUGGAAGUCGCUUUCGAUUUGUCAACCGAUGCGUGUAUUCUUGCCAUACGCAAUUUUAUAAAUCGACGUGGCCUGCCUACAAGACUGAGGAGCGAUAAUGGUACAAAUUUUGUUGGUGCUGAUAAAGUUGCCAAGAGGUUCAGUGAAGUAUUUGAUGUGGCUCAAAUUCAAGAUGAACUUACAUCUAAAGGUAUAGAUUGGCAGUUUAAUUGUCCACAUAAUCCUGCAGAAGGUGGUAUAUGGGAACGGAUGGUCCAAUGUGUAAAACGUGUGUUGCAGUCAACUUUGAAAGAAUCGGCCCCUCGUGAACACACACUGCAAAGUUUCCUGAUUGAAGCGGAAAAUAUUGUGAAUUCCCGUCCGUUGACACACUUGCCGUUGAGCCACGAAGAUGAAGAACCACUAACGCCUAAUCAUUUUUUGUUGGGUUGCCCUAAUACAACACAAACUCCUGCCGGAGCAAAAGAAGAACAGUCUGUUGUACUAAAAAAGCAGUGGCGCAUUUCCCGUCAGCUACGUGAUCAUUUCUGGAACAGGUGGAUAAAAGAAUAUUUGCCCACGUUGACUAGACGCUCCAAAUGGUGUCAACGUACGAAGCCUAUUGCUAUUGGUGAUUUGGUUCUAAUUUGCGAUCCAGCCGUGUCCCGUAGAGAUUGGAAGCGAGGCAGAGUGGAAGAGGUGUUUAUAGGUAGAGAUGGUGUUAUUCGUCGUGCUGAUGUACGUACUAGUACAGGAAUACUAAAGCGACCUGUUUCCAAGCUUGCUGUCCUUGAUUUGGAGUAG